AUGUACGAUCCCUCCUUCGACAACAUCCACCUGGAUCUCUCCAACAACGCUGGCAAGUGUAAGUUGGCUGAGAGUGGCCUGGGAUGGCGCCCAUCAGGUGGCGGUGACACUUUCACCUUGGAUAGCAGCAACAUCGGUGGCGCUCAGUGGAGCCGCGCCGCGAAAGGCUUUGAGCUGAGAAUCCUGUCCCGAUCGUCUGGUGUGAUCCAGCUGGACGGCUUUGAUCAAGAGGACUUCGAGCGGCUGUCCAAGGCCUUCAAGAUCUGGUACGGCAUCAACGUCGAGAACCGCGAACACGCCCUACGAGGAUGGAACUGGGGAAAAGCAGAGUUUACCAAGGCCGAACUUUCAUUCAACGUCCAAAACCGACCGGCGUUUGAAAUUCCCUACUCCGAAAUCUCUAAUACCAACUUGGCUGGAAAGAACGAGGUGGCGGUGGAGUUUGCACUCUCAGCGACAGACGCCAAUGCCAGUGCACAGCCCGCAGGAAGCACCAAGAACCGCGGUCGCAAGGCUGCUGCUGGUCAAGAUGAGUUGGUCGAAAUGCGAUUCUACAUUCCUGGCUUAGCCGCGAAAAAGGAGAAGACAGAGGGUGAGGAGGGUGAGGAAGAGGAGAAUGAAGUUGAAGAACAGAAUGCCGCCAACCUCUUCUAUGAGACGCUUAUGGACAAAGCUGAGAUCGGAGAUGUUGCUGGUGACACAUUUGCAACCUUUUUGGAUGUUCUGCAUCUUACACCUCGUGGUCGCUUUGACAUCGACAUGUACGAAUCGUCCUUCCGACUCCGCGGUAAGACCUACGAUUACAAGAUUCAAUAUUCCGCCAUCAAAAAGUUCUUUUUACUCCCCAAGAAUGACGACACUCACACACUCAUUGUGCUGGGACUUGACCCUCCUCUGCGCCAGGGUCAGACUCGUUACCCCUUCCUGGUUAUGCAGCUGAAGCUGGAUGAGGAAAUCAGCUUGGAGCUGAAUAUGACCGAAGACUUGCUGCAAACUCAAUACAAGGAUAAGUUGCAACCACACUACGAGGAACCUAUUCACCAGGUGGUGACCAAGAUCUUCCGUGGUCUUUCUGGCAAGAAGGUUAUCAUGCCGUCCAAGGACUUCAUUAGCCACCAUGGUCAUCAUGGGGUCAAAUGUUCCAUUAAGGCCAAUGAGGGUCUCCUGUACUUCUUAGACAAGAGCCUGAUCUUUGUGCCCAAGCCUGCGACUUAUGUUCAGAUGGAGAAUAUUGCAGUGGUGACCAUGUCGCGUGUUGGUGGUGCUGUCUCGGCCAGUCGCACCUUUGACAUCACAGUCAGCCUAAAGGGCGGUCUGGGUGAACACCAGUUCAGCAACAUUAACCGUGAGGAACAACAACCAUUGGAGGACUUCUUCAAGGCUAAGGGUAUCCGCAUCAAGAACGAGAUGUCGGAGGACACAUCCACUCUGCUUAAGGUUCUUGACAAUGAUGAAUUGAUGGAAUCUAGUGAUGAGGAGGUUGUCCGAGCCGACCGUGGUUCAGCUGAUGAGGAUGAAGAAUCCGUUGAUGAGGACUUUGCUGCUUCCUCAGACUCUGAUGUGGCCGAGGAGUUUGACUCUGCCCAUGAGAGCAGUGGUGAUAGUGAUGAGGAGAUGGGAGGUGCUUCAGACGGGGAGGGAAAUGCUGGAUCUGACAAUGAUGAGGCGUCCCGACCUAAGAAGAAGAGCAAGACCGGCAAAUAA